AUGUUAGAAGACAUCGAGGAAACUUUUCAGAGGCUUAGAGAGUAUAACAUUAAACUAAACCCGAAGAAAUGCUCUUUUGGGGUGGAAGAAGGGAAGUUCCUAGGGGUAGUUGUCACCCGAGAUGGUUUCAAAGCUAACCCAGAAAAGGUGGCCGCCAUAGCGCGGAUGCCUUCCCCACGAACAUUGAAGGAAGCCCAAGCUUUAAAUGGACGGCUAGUAGCGAUCAACAGGUUCCUGGCAAGGCAUGCCGAAAAAUCCUUGCCUUUCAUAAAAACGUUGAAAGAUUGCCUCAACAAGAAAAAUUUCAAGUGGACCAGCGAAGCGGAAAAAGCCUUGCAAGACAUGAAACGCUUCAUAGAAGGAUUACCCAUGCUGACAGCACCAAGGCCCAAUGAGGUGUUAAAGAUGUAUUUAGCGGCAGCUCAUACCACAGUAAGCGCUGUGCUUAUGGUUGAGCGAGACGGAAGACAAAAACCAAUAUAUUACAUCAGCCAGGUAUUAGCGGGACCCGAAACGCGAUAUCCGACUUUGGAAAAGCUGGUCUUGGCACUUGUACACGCCACGCGGCGAUUGAGAAGAUAUUUCCAAGCACACCGCGUACAGGUCCUAACCAACUUCCCACUUCAACAAGUCCUGCACAAGCCAGAGAUCUCUGGUAGAUUGGCCAAGUGGGCAAUUGAACUAGGUGCUUUGGAUAUUGAAUACCAGAAACGAACAGCAGUUAAGGGACAAGUAAUCGCCGACUUUCUAGCCGAAAUCCCCGAAGGAGAAGCUAUCGUGGACUCAGUCGUCCAGGACAUCCCAGAAUCCAGCACUGCCCGGCAGACCUGGAAACUAUACACCGAUGGGUCAUCAAGUGGAAAAGGAUCUGGAGCCGGCUUAAUGUUGGUAAGUCCAGACGAGAUCAGGCUGAUGUAUGCCUUACGUUUCGAUUUCGAAUGUUCUAACAAUGAAGCGGAAUACGGGGCACUACUAGCAGGCUUAAGAAUGGCGAAAUCUAUGGGAGCAGCAAGGGUAGACGCGUAUGUUGAUUCGCUACUGGUCAACAAUCAGGUAAAGGAAACGUAUGAAGCCAAAGAUGAAUCAAUGGCAAAAUACCUGGCGAAAACAAAGGAACUCAUGGAUUCUUUUGAUAACGUCACGCUCAAUCACAUACAUAGAAGUAAGAACCAGAUAGCAGAUGCUCUCAGCAAACUCGCCACCUCAGGUAUGGAAAAAGAAGUCAAAGUCGAAACGCUGCACACACCCUCAAUCGAACCGCGGAAUGUUUCCGCCGUUGCAGCGGAAGAACCUUGUUGGUACACUCUGGUGUUACGAUUCCUUGAAACAGGGGAGCUACCUCCCGCCAAGGGCGAAGCACAGAAGAUACAAACAAAAGCGUUGCAAUAUGAGGUCAAUAACGCCGUCCUAUAUAGAAAGUCUUACCUGGGACCGCUGUUACGAUGUGUCUCCCCAACAGAAGCAAAGUAUCUCAUCAGCGAGAUUCAUGCAGGUCUAUGUGGCAUUCACGCCGGACCCCGGGCGGUGGUGGCCAAAGUCCAUAACGCAGGAUAUUAUUGGCCUGGGAUGCACGAAGACGCUGUGAUAGAACUUCGGAAAUGCCGUAGUUGCCAGAAAUUCGCUCCUCAAACAAUAAGGCCCAAGAACAGCCUAGUACCAGUAACAGCAGCAUGGCCUUUCCAGAAAUGGGCCGUUGAUAUCGUGGGACCUUUCCCGCCGGCUCCCGGAAAGCUAAAGUACUUAAUUGUGGCCGUUGAUUACUUCACCAAGUGGGUGGAAGCUAAGCCUUUAGCCAAAAUCACGGCGGAUAACGCCAAAAAAUUCCUCUGGGAACACAUAGUAUGCCGGUUUGGAUUGCCGCUAUACCUGGUAAGCGACAAUGGAACACAAUUUACAGAUAGAGUUUUUCAAAAUAAUGGUGCGCCAACCUCCAAAUCCAACAAAUCUUCACAUCAGUAG